CCUGUAUUUACUCGUAUUGUUCCUUCCUAGGUUCGAUAACAUAAUAAAAACAUAAACAGUUUUGUAAUUUGCAUUUUUAUGUGUUUCAAUGGUAGAUAUUGAGCAGAUAUGGUUGGAAUUGUCGAGAAACUUACCGGUACUAUCUGGAACCAUAGCAAUGACUGAGACUGACGAUGACUUCUGCAAGGCUUGGGAAGAAGUUAAUAAGCUUGGCUUGGAGGUGAUCCUCUGUGAAAUAUUACGCUCAGAGCUUCAGUCUGCAAUUCGAGAUAAAAUAGUACCUGCGUUUUGGUCACAUUUUCCAGUUCGAGUAGAAAUGAAUGAAUACGACGUUGAUUCGCAAUUUCAUUUGUUUCACCAGUUCGCCGCGGCAGUUGAAAAUUUACAAAAAAGCUUCAUAUGUUUGGAGUUGGUCUCGCGACGCGUGAUAAACUUGUAUCCUCAGACAAAUCUUAAGACGUGGGAUUUUAAAACAGUGUUACUACAAACAUUAUUGGCACAAAUUCCAACUGGAUUCAAUGAAGCCGUAUUUGCAUUUUACCAAGUCUCAUUCCAAAUUUAUAUCCAACAGCAUAAUAAGCAAAAAACUGGGCCCUCUGAAGCUGAUAUAGUGCUAACAAAACAAGAAUGCUGCGGUUGUAAAAAUAAAGUAAGUUUGUGUGAAUGCCAAACUUUAGACGAAACAAUCGACAAAACAAACAAAGCAUUACAAGAAAUAGAACUUUUGGAUGGCAUCGCAGGACAAAGCCUGACAUCCCUGGUUCAGAAAUGCAUAGAAGAGCAUAUUAAGGACACGUGCCAUGGAAUAUUUGAUAGGAGCUUUCUAAGACAACUUGAGAUGGCUGUUACACCUUUAGUCCGGUCAAAUUAGACCAAAAAUAGGAGUGAAGUUACAAAAAUUCCCAUCAUAAAUGAAAUCAAGAAAGGCCUCAUCGAUCCGAUACCUGGAAAAAAAGUUACUCGGGGUCAAAGGUCACAAAAACGGGGGUUUCGCGAUUUUCAGCAAAACG